UGAUCAACGAUCAUUAUUAAGUUUAAUUAUUUAUUUAAAUGAUAAUUUUGAAAAAGGCAAAACAAAAUUUUAUUUUCCAAAACAAUCACCCAAGUUUCAUGUUAAAGGAUUAACAAUUAAACAAGAAAUUGAAGUUUAUAAUGGUUUAGAACAUCGUUAUAAAUCUGUUAAAAUAAAACCAAAAAAAGGUCAUGCUAUUCUAUUUACACAUAAUCUUUUACAUGAAGUUAUAGCACCAGAAAUAAACAAGUCUUCUGAUAUCAAAGAGGGUAUUAUAUUACGAACGGAUAUACUUGUUAAGCGAACAGAAAAACCAUUAGGAUUUGCAAUAACUCCAGAAGAAAGAGACAAUUAUCAGAAAUGUUUAAAUUUUUUCUAUGAAGCACAACGAAAAGAAUUUAAUAUGUAUAGUAAUAAAUCGAAUCAAUCAAUAGAAUUAAAUGAUAUUGAAGAAUUAUAUGAACGUGCAUUAUCUAUUCGAUCUUCUUAUCCAUGUUUACUUGAAUUAAAAUUAAAAGAAUCAGUUAUAAAUGAGCAAAAUAAAUUGAUUGAACAAUUACCAACAGAAAUAUGGCUUUCUAUAUUUAAACAUAUAGAUAAACAAGAUAUUCAGAACUUAACAUUUGCUUUUCCUGAUUUUCAAUCAUUGAAAACCAUUUGGGAAAAUGAAGAAUUGAAAAAAUUUGAAAAAUAUUUAUUUCGAGAAAAGUUUAUUCCUACAAUCGUUAAUCAAUAUUUUGAUCAACCAUUAUUUUGUUUUGUCGAUUCGAAUUUUUUCUUUCAACAUAUUGAUCAAUGUUGUCGUAUUGCUGCUAUUUAUGCUUUUUUUCUAUUAGGACAUGAAAAAGAUUCAAGAACUUAUACUAUUCAUUAUGAUCGAAACACACAAGCACGACAACCAAUAAUCGAUUUCGAUCAUAGUGUUGAUCGUACUUAUAUGACAAAUCGUCAUCAAUCACAAUUCAUUGGGCAAGAUCUUUUAUCACGUUUUCGUUUUAAAACAAAAACGAUUAGUGAUUUAAAUGAUAUAAAAUCAGAUUCGACUAUGAAUGUUGAUAAUGAAGAACACGAAGUCUAUGAACAAUAUUAUUCUCAAUACGAAAAAGAAAAGAUUAUGACGAAGAUACUAAGAGAAAUUAUUGAUUGUGAUCAACUUUUUGAUCCGGAUAAAAUUGAUAAUCGUGUUUAUCAUUGGAGAAAUUGUAAAUAUGAUUAUGAUGAUAUAUUAGCUUAU